AUGGCCAACUACUUUUCGAACCAUUCGCAAUCUCGUUUUCUCGCCAAUUCCUCAUCACCAACGGCCACCCAGCAGCCCCAACAACAGCAACCACCACGUUCUCGCCUGCCAACAUCGAAACACUUUUCAACCUCCGUCGCAACGAAUUCUGUUUCUGAGCGUUCUGUUUCAAAGGAAAAAGUAACCAGCAGUAAUGGGUCGUCAGUGAAUGGCUCUGCGAGCGUACACCCUCUGAGAAACACGUGGGUCUUUUGGUUCCGGCAGCAAAGAGCUCCUGGGAACAAGAUUGCGAGUUACGAGGAGGGUAUUAAAAAGAUCUCUGCUUUCAGCUCGGUAGAGUCCUUCUGGUCUCUAUGGACACACUUAUCUCCGCCGUCAUCGCUGCAACCCACGACGGACUACCUGCUGUUCCACAACGGGAUACGACGGCCUGUUUGGGAAGAUCCGUUGAAUCUGUCCGGAGGCAAAUGGAUAAUACGACUAAAGAAGGGCGUGGCGGACCGGAUCUGGGAGGAUCUCGUCCUGGCGAUUAUCGGAGACCAGUUCGAUGUUUGUCGUCCUUCGGAGGAUGCGGUGAAGAAUGCCGGGGCGUCUGAUGGUGAGGAUGGACAGACGGAAUGGCCGGAGAUAUGUGGAUGUACGAUCAGUGUGAGGCAGAGCGAGGAUAUUGUCAGCUUGUGGAACCGUAUUGACGGUGACAUCAAGCUUCGAGAAAAAAUAAGGGAUACGAUACGGAGAGUACUGCACCUGCCUCCUACGACUGUAAUGGAAUACAAGUCGAAUAAUGACUCGAUGCAGGACAAGUCGAGCUUCCGCAAUUCUGCAAUCGAUAGGACACCGUUGUCAUAA